AUCUGACUCGUAGAGCAUCAUCAUCAUCAUUUCAUACAUCAGGCAAUGUUAAUGCUAAUGCUAAUGCUACUGCUGGCAAUAAUCUUCUUUCGAUACCAAUUGCAACAGUACCAGCUGCUUCAGAAAAAUUUCGUGUUCAAUUAAACGUAGCUGGUUUCAAUCCAGAUACAAUCAAAACACGUGUUGAAGAUCGAAGAGUUAUUGUCGAAGGUAAACAUGAAGAACGACAAACUAAUGGAGAUUUUAGUGUUCGAGAAAUUCGAAAAUCAUAUGAUCUUCCUGAACAUGCUGAUUCUGCGAAUUUGGCAUCAUUUGUUACACCAAAUAAUAUGCUUGUCGUAGAGGUGCCUAUCAAUGCUCCACAAUUGCAACGUCGUGCAUCUCAAACAAUUGCUGAUAGUCAAGCACUUUCUUUAUUUGGUCAAUUUCGUGAUCCAAUUUUUGAUUAUCCAGGUUUUAUUGCUUCAGCAGAUUUUCGUCCUCGUCUUAUUGAUAUAGGUAAUGGACAAAAGAGUAUUAAAAUGGCAUUAGCUGUUAAAAAUUAUCAACCUGAACAAAUCAGAGUUUCUGUUAAAAAUAAUCAAUUACUUGUACAAGCUGAGCAUAAUUAUAAUGAUAAUAAUCGUUCGGAAAGAUCAUUCUUAACUAAAUCAAUUUCAUUACCACCCGGUACACAAGUUGAUCAAUUAAAAUCAUUUUUAAAUGGUGAAGGACAAUUAGAAAUCGAAGCACCUUUUAUUGAACCUACACAAAUGCGUUCAAUUGAAGUUCAACAUUAA